AUGACUGCCGACGCUGAUACUCAGAAUGAGUAUGACGAUGGGCUUCCAGGCCCCGGAGCGCCCACGCCACUCUCUUCCCUGGAGGGUGUUUCGGGCCUGACAAGUAGGGAUAUCAAGCUGUUUGUUGAUGCUGGAUACAACACUGUUGAGUCGGUUGCAUAUACGCCAAAACGGUUGCUGGAACAAAUCAAGGGUAUCUCGGAACAGAAAGCCACCAAGGUCCUGGUUGAGGCUAUGAAGCUUGUGCCGAUGGGCUUUACUACCGCGACCGAAAUGCAUGCGCGACGAAACGAACUCAUCUCAAUUACGACAGGCUCUAAGCAGUUAGACACCCUUCUUGGAGGUGGCAUCGAGACAGGCUCUAUCACGGAGAUAUUCGGAGAGUUCAGGACAGGAAAAAGUCAAAUAUGUCAUACACUCGCCGUGACUUGCCAAUUGCCUUUUGACAUGGGCGGAGGAGAAGGAAAAUGCCUAUACAUUGACACAGAAGGUACCUUCCGACCAGUGCGUCUAUUGGCGGUUGCACAGCGAUACGGGCUGGUGGGAGAAGAGGUGCUGGAUAAUGUGGCAUACGCUCGUGCCUACAACUCAGACCAUCAACUUCAGCUACUCAACCAAGCUUCGCAGAUGAUGUGCGAGACUCGUUUCUCGCUCCUUGUCGUUGAUUCUGCCACUUCUUUGUACCGGACAGACUUCAACGGUCGUGGUGAACUGUCGUCGAGACAAACACAUCUUGCGAAGUUCAUGCGUACCCUGCAGCGCCUCGCUGAUGAGUUUGGUAUUGCGGUCGUCAUUACGAACCAGGUCGUUGCCCAGGUGGAUGGUGGCCCGAGUGCAAUGUUCAAUCCGGAUCCAAAGAAGCCAAUCGGUGGUAACAUUAUUGCGCAUGCAAGUACGACGCGGUUAAGUUUGAAGAAAGGACGGGGUGAGACUCGGGUCUGCAAGAUCUAUGAUAGCCCAUGUCUCCCUGAGAGCGAUUGCCUGUUCGCUAUCAAUGAGGAUGGUAUUGGGGACCCGAGCCCCAAGGACUUGGAGAAUGACUGA